AUGAAUACACCCAACACAGAAACAAACACAACGAUGCAUCAAGGAGGUCUUUCCCUGGACCUCCUGGAAGCAGCCCGUUCCGCCAUUGCCACCGCUAUAUCGAAGAAACUCGAAAUCGAACCCGUCACUCGCAUCCAAAAAACCAUAACCCGUCCGAACAAGAAAGGAUUGGGGGAUUUGACAUUUCGCAUCGGCAAUAUACAAGCGGCCACGUCAGGACAGAGCAAAGAACAAGAUAUUGUCGAAGCCAUCUUUGGCUGCUUUCAAGAGCUCCAGGAUGGCCCCGAAGCCUCUGACUUUUCCAACUGUGUCGAAUCCUGGUGGCAGCCAAUGGAUUCUCGCAUUACCGUGAACCUGAAGGUGGGCGACAAAGCACAGAUACAUGACUGCUUUCAAGAGCUACUGGAUUGUCCAUUAGCCGCUGAGUUUUCCAAGUUUGUCGAGUCCUGGACGCAGCCAUCCGAUUCUCGAAUUGAUGUGAAUCUGAAGAUGGGCUACUCACCCGAGGUUCGAGAACUUUUUCAAGAGCUCUUGGGUUGUCCCGAAGCUUCUGACUUUUCCAGCCGUGUCAAAUACUGGUCGAAGCCACCCGGUCACAUUGCUGUGAACCUAAAGGUGGGAUACACGGCCCAGAUACUGCGGGCCAUUACUCAACAUGAUUAUUUGGCCAAGUUGACUCUGCCGCAUGCCGCGCAGCAGCAAGCCAUGAUUGAAUAUUCCCAGCCAAACACCCACAAAGCUUUUCAUGCGGGACAUAUGCGAAACGUCGCAUUGGGAGAUUGUCUGGUCCGGCUCAAGGAACACUGUGGCCACUCCGUCAUUGCAGCCAACUACUUUGGAGAUGAGGGAGCUCAUGUUGCCAAGUGCCUCUGGCGACUCAAGCAGAAAUUGGAAGAAUCUAAUUGCACGGAUGUAACUGACCUGAACAUUCCCCAAGAGCAGCGAGGGGAGUAUCUGGGCACGUUGUAUAAAGAAGCGGUCGAGCUGGUCUCUUUGGGUUCUCUGACAUCGAUCUCCUGUCCAGGUGCGAUUGUUGCGAAAGUCUUGACGAAGCAACCGCAUCCAAAGAAACCGGAAUCUUGGAAUGUUUGCACGUUGGAAAUUGGGUCUGGAAAACCUGUCACAGUCGUUUGCGCCGGAACUGACUAUGAAGCCGGCCAACUGGUAGCCUACAUGGCGAUUGGGAACACCUUCAAGAAGAAAGAGGUAGUCCCAACCGAUAUGCUGGGGGUAAAGUCGACGGGAAUGAUCCUCGGUUAUUCCGAGGUUGGUGUGCCGAACCCAAACCCUCCCAAAGCCGAGAAACCCCAAUCCAAAAAGUCCAAGAAGAAGAAGAGUGGCCAAGAGGAGGCCAGUUCAAUCUGCAUUGUGACGACUGAUGGCGCCGCACCGGGAACGUCCCUGACUGAGCUGGGUCGGUUUCCAGACCUCAACGAGCCGUCGGACCGAACGGUGGAAGUCAUUCUUGCUCGCCGACAAACACAGGUGGCGAAUGUUCUUGCAGCGUUGGAAUCUGGAGACCCUGAAUGGUGUUCACUUUGGGACACCACAAAGCAAUGGUCUCUUGACGAGUUCAAAAACAUCUACGAUUGGCUCGGUGCUCGAUUCGAUGUCGACUUUUUCGAAUCGGAAGUCUCACAGCCUUCCAUGCAACUGGUGCAGGAGUACUUAGAUAAGGGUGAAGUCUUUCAGGAACAGCAAGGAGCGAUUGGAGCAGUACUGGAUGACUACAAGCUGCCCUUCCUUAUGGUGGUCAAAUCCAAUGGAUCCGGACUCUAUGCCACGAAAGAUCUUGCUCUGGCCAAGCGCAAGUUCGAGGAGUUCAAGAUUGACGAGUCCAUCUACGUCGUGGACAAGGCCCAGUCGCUGCACUUCCAGCAGGUCUUUGCAACGCUUCACAAAAUGGGUUUUGCCAACGCCGACAAGUCGGUGCAUCUGGCAUACGGGCAAGUCGUCCGACCCGAAGGCAAAAUGUCCUCGCGAUCUGGAACUGUGAUCUAUUUUUCAGCUCUCAAAAAUGCCUUGACACAAGCUAUUGACGAAAAGUUCCUCAACAAAUACAAGGAGGAGGGCUCGUGGACAGAAGAGCAAAUCCUGGAGGCCAACCGAGCCAUUGCGGUGGGGACCAUCCGAUACGGAAUGUUGAACGUGGACCCCACCAUGGAUAUCACGUUCGAGCUGGAGGCAUGGACCGCCAAGAAGGGAAACACGGGCCCGUACUUGAUGUAUGCCUAUGCCCGAAUCAAGUCAAUCCUUUCGAAAGCUACCAACAUGCAGCUGGGUUCCAAGAAAGAUGUUGACGUCUCUCUUCUGAGCUCGGUUCAGGACCGAAGCCUCCUGGUCCACAUGACACAAUUCUGGCCUGCUGUUUUGAAGUCAGCCUCCCAGUGCAAGCCCAACGAACUUUGCAAGUUCCUGUAUGUGUUGGCUCAAGAAUUCAUGUCUUGGUAUGAGGCUUCUCCCAUCUUGAAGGAUUAUGUCCCACCAGAGCUGAAGCAUGCCCGACUCCAGUUUGUGGAGGCAGUUGCGGCAGUGCUGAAGACUGGGAUUGAAUUGCUUGGGAUGUCGGCCUUAGAACGAAUGUAG